UAUUCAGAGGAAAUCAUAUUCCUUUUUUCUUGGUCCAUUUUUAUUUUCAGCUGCAGACAGAAUAAAAACUGCUGUGUUUUCCUGGGGAACACAAAGAGAAGGAUUAGUACAUGGCAGGACAGGACAUGCUGCCAUGGAAUCUGAUCCUGGGAGCUUCUACACACUUGUAAUUCAAAUUAAAGACUUCUUCCAUGCCGAAAUACAGUGUAAUAUACAUAUCCAUAGCUCAUUACAGAUCACAGAAUUGGCAGAUUUAUUGAAGUAAAUCAGUAUUCAUUUGUCAUCCAGAUCUUGUUAGACUCAGAAGAAGAAAUAGUAGUUGGCGUAAAGUAUCAUGGUUACUCUGACAACAGCACCAGAAUAGAAACACACAGAUGGACAACAUACUAGCCUGUUUUUUAAAUACCAAUUCUGCAUAGAAUAUGAAUUAUUAGCUGUGUCAUAGUGUGCCAUUAUCUAGUUAACUGUUUAAGCACAUGAAAUUGUUAGACACACUUUUGCAGGUCAACAAUACUACAAGAUGCAUAAGCCUGUUCUGUUGGUGAUAUAAUGAUGAAUUGCAGAUUGUCACUGAGCAAAAUAAAAAGCCUGUCUGUUACCAUCAAAAUAUUGGUAUUGCUCAAGACACUACUUAUAUACAGGUAUGUAAACAUUACUCAGAUUUUUACAGCAAUAGAACAGCUUCUUGACAAUUUGCUAUAAUGCAGCGGGGAAUGUUCUCUGUAGAUAUUCUCUAUGUCUUUGUCCUUAAAUGCACAGAGGGGAAGAACCAUGCGUGCAGGAAUCUCCUUCCUCCGUAGUAAUAACUAAUAAACACUUAGCUUGUGAGCAUCUCAAACUAAAGGAGUUACCCACUUAUGGCUUUGAUUUACUGAUGCUGAAGUGGUCUCAUCCUCUGGCGUCUCCCUUUCCCUAACGCCUCCGCCAUCUCAGUCAUGGCCACAAUCCCUUCUUUCUACAGCAAUCUUUCUUCACCCCUUCCUCUUCCCUGUGCACGCUGGCUCUUCGGCAGCCCCGGGAAGGGGCAGGGCGCGGAUGGCGGAACCAGCGCUAGAAAACCUCCAGCGAAAAAAGGGAUGUUGCACAGCUUCCUUUGAUGGUAAAUCACAGAGCUGUUUCAGCCCAUGUGCUUCCUGGAAAUCCUUGCUGGUUCUUACAUCUGAUGCAUCAGAGCCCUUUUAGUACUUUCGAAACCUGGAAGACAUCUCUGAAAUGCGCUUUUUGGUUUGUUGUUGUGUUUUGUUUUUUUUAAGAACAAAGAACACAACUUCUUCAAUCUCGUGGUAUAGGUCACACUUUGCUGUUUCUUGUACUGUUGCUCUCACGUACGACAUCCUGCUAUCCUCACCACACCUCUAUCCCAUGGCCGAGGCGAUACACUCGGAUUGCUUUGUGUCGGGAGACGCGGGGCAAACGCGGCCGUGUCCUCUCUCUUGCAAGGGCUCUGAGGAGUUUCAGUGAGCCCGCCAGUACCUAAAACAAGGGGGCUGCUGGGCGGACCCCAUGCGAACCGCAGCGAAAGAACACACGGACACAGAGGCACCGAGCCCCGCGGGGGCGGGGACGCGCAGCCCCGUGGCCGCCCGGCUCCCGCAGCACCGCCCCGCCGGGAGGGCCGCACCGCCCGCCGUGCCCGCGGCGUCCCGGGACCGGGCCGGCGGCAGCGGCGCCGCGGCGGACGGAAGAGGAAGUGGCGCCGCACCGGGAGCCGGUGAAAGGCUCCGCGGGGGCGUGCGGAGCCCGAGCCCAGGGAGGCCCCUCCCCGAGCAGCCGGCGGAGGACGAUGGGGGCGGCCGGGCUGCUGUGGGCCGCGCUGGGGGCCCUGCUGCUCCCGCUGGUGGCUGCUGAUGAGGGGAUCCUGCAUGCCUCUGGAAGUGGAGUGCCUCCAGUAACCAAGGAAUACUGCAUCAUUUACAAUUCUAAUUGGGUAUCUCUUCCAAAAACCUUGGACAAUGCUACUUUUAUGACUCUGGAAAACCUGACUUCUACAGUCCUCUGCAGCUCAGCAGAAGUUCCUUCUGGCUUAAUGAAAGACAAAGCAGUUGUAGUGAUGAGAGGAAACUGCACUUUCUUGGAGAAGGCAAGAAUCGCACAAAGUUUGGGUGCUAAAAUGCUGUUGAUUGCCAGUAAAACUAGGCUGUCUGCUAUUUCAGAUAACAAGACUGAUUUUGAAGAUGUGACUCUUCCAAUUGCUCUUAUAAGAUAUAAUGACAUAGUAGAUAUGCAGCAGGUGCUUGGAAGUGAAGUUAAUGUGACUCUGUAUUCACCACCUUUGCCAGAGUUUGACUACAGUAUGGUUGUCAUCUUCCUAAUUGCUGUGUUUACAGUGGCACUGGGAGGCUACUGGAGUGGAGUAGCAGAACUUGAGAAUCUGAAAGCAGUAGCAAGUCCUGGGGAGAGAGAAACCCGAUGGAAGAAGGAAGAAAAUGUUACUUUCACCCCUCUAACAGUUAUCUUGUUUGUUGUCAUCUGUUGUGUCAUGCUGGUCUUACUUUAUUUCUUCUACAAAUGGUUAGUUUAUGUUAUAAUAUCAGUCUUCUGCCUGGCAUCUGCGAUGAGUCUGUACAACUGUCUCGCAGCAUUAAUAGGGGAAAUCCCAUUUGGGCAGUGCAGGAUUACAUGUUCCAACAAAACCAUUGAAGUGAGGCUUAUUUUUCUUGCUAUAUUCUGCAUAGCAGCAGCUGUUGUCUGGGCAGUAUUUCGAAAUGAAGAUAGGUGGGCUUGGAUUUUGCAAGAUAUUUUGGGAGUUGCUUUCUGCCUAAACUUCAUUAAAACACUGAAAAUGCCCAACUUUAAGUCCUGUGUAAUACUUCUAGGCCUCCUCCUUCUAUAUGAUGUGUUUUUUGUCUUCAUAACACCAUUUAUCACAAAGAAUGGGGCAAGUAUAAUGGUUGAAGUUGCAGCUGGUCCUUUUGGAAACAGUGAAAAGAGUGAUGGAAACUUGGUGGAAGUCCCUACUGAACGCUCAGCUCCCCAUGAGAAAUUACCCGUGGUUAUUAGAGUGCCUAGACUUGAACACUCUGCAUCGACACUCUGUGACUUGCCCUUUUCAUUGUUGGGUUUUGGAGACAUUAUUGUCCCAGGACUUCUGGUUGCCUAUUGUAGAAGAUUUGAUGUUCAAGCAAGAUCAUCUUCUGUAUACUACAUUUCCUGCACAAUAGCUUAUGCUGUUGGCAUGGUGCUGACUUUCAUUGUUUUGGCAUUGAUGAAGAUGGGGCAGCCUGCCCUUCUCUAUCUUGUACCAUGUACACUCAUCACAAGCUCCCUUGUUGCCUGGAGGCGCAAAGAGAUGAAGAAGUUUUGGAAAGGAAGCAAUUACCAGGUAUCGGACUCCUCCAGGACGCCUUUGCUACAAGAUGAUGGAACACCUGGAUUACACAGGAAAUGAAGAAAGCACGGCAUCAGCCACUGAACAGCCCGGAGGACAAUAAUAUGUGGGAUCCUGAUUUAAAAUAGCAUUUGAAUUUUUGACAGCUGAAUUACAGUAAAUUUGGUGAAAUUUUACAAUAGAGUGUUUCCCACUCUGUAUAAAAGGUUUUUUAUUCCUGCACCUAUAUUUUUAUGGAAAAUACUGUUAAUAACAUAAAAGUAAUCAAAAUAGUCGCAUUUUUACAGCCAAACCAUAGCUAGUAAAACCGUGCCUUAUUUCGAUUUAAAUAAAAGGAUAUUUUCUAUGCAAUUUUCCAACUGUGUUUCUAUACAGUAUAUUUUUAUAAAAUUUGCUUGCCCAUAUCAGCUUAAGUGAAAUGUUCCUUUAAAGUUUUGAUUAAGACAAAUCAGGUCUCUUUGAAAAAAAAAUGAAGUACCCUUCAUGUGAUUUCUUUGCAGAUUUUGAAUGCAAAGGUGGAUGUAAUGUAACUAUAGCAACUGAAGGAUGUGACUAUAGUUCCAUUACUACAAGUAAUUCAAUAAACAGUGUGUAUGUCAAUGUACAUUGUGAGCCAUAAAAUAAAUAACAGGGGAGAUUGAGUGUGGGGUUGUAAGCUCUUCUCCCCACUCCCCUCAUUUAUCACUGGCUUAUGCCUUAAUUGUUAAAAUUGUUAAACUUUGAUGCAAGUCUUUGGAUUAUAUACAUUUCCAAACAUUUAAAAAUAAUAAAAGAGGGGAGGUACUUACACAUUGUCCUGAAAACUUCUGUACAGCUCCUGGAAUAGUUGACAGGCAAGAUGGUGUGAAAAGCAAGAGGUUUUUUGCUCAGUGAGUGCUAUUUUAAAGGAUGGGAUAAAAUGUUAACACUGGCCUGGUUCUCUCACCUGUUGAGAGUAGGUGUGUAUUUGUGGUCUUCAUUUGGCUGUGGAUCAGUUCAGAGGGAUAGGGGAAGACAGGACAGAUUUUUUUUUAAAUUUUUUUUUUUUACCUUUUGCAUCUGCACCAUACCUUUUUUUGAAGUAUUUUUGAAAAUUCUUUGCAAUUGAUAGACAAAACAGGUUUGAAUAGUGCUAGUAGUACCUGUGUUAGCUAAGGCAAAUGCAUGUGUUUAACUUGUUUAAUCUUAAUUUGUUUUUGCUUUUAAAGACUUGGAAAAAGGAUAAGUAGUUUAAAUCAUUAGUUUGCAUUUAGAAGAGUUUGAGUUUGACACCUGUUCUUUUUUCAGGAAACUGCAAAUUGAGGGGGAUUAGGCAUAGAAAACUUGUAUAGCUGUAAUGCUAACACUUGACACCAAAGAAAACUGAGAAGGCAACAAGGGGAGACCACUGAGUUCACUUAGUGCUAAUGUCAGGUAGUUGUUAAAACAUUUUUCCUAUUCUUUAAAUGAAUAUCAUUCCUAUAGUAAGUACAAGUUCAAGAACCCUGGAGAAAAUAACUGAGUAAGCACAUGCUGAGCACUGACAAUGGAGGCUUUCCUGCAGUGCCUGUGCAAGUGCCUCCUUUGUUUGAAGGUCACCUCUAGACAUUUGUAGUCAGUUUGGGGCAUGUCAGCUCAGAAAAAAUUACCCUGAGUAAAUCUAGUUUAGCUAGGUUUACUUUGGAAGUAUGUUAAUUAAGACAGUUGAAAAUCUGUAUUGGCAGUUAACAAAGGCUUUCUGGAAAUUUACCUAAUUUUUAUCAAGUUUAAACUUUUGUUUGCAAGAGUCAGGAGCAGACAGACCAACAGCCUGGAUAUCAGUUGUUGCCAUUCACAGUGAUUGAGCGUGGUGCCAGUUGAUACGGGUAAGAUAACUCACCUUGUUUGCAGCUUCCCUAAGAAAACAGAAAUUACAAGCAGUUUUUGUAUGUUAGUAGUUCCCCCCCUUGACUCGAGCUUGAAUUGACAGCCUCAGAAUACAGCGAUCAUCUUCUGUUUUAUUUAACUGGCAUUUCAUAAUAAAUUACAGCAUACCUCAGUGUUUUAAUAGCAGACUGAAAAUGUGUCUUCUGAUGUGUUAUGCUCUUUGACAAGUCCAGUAUCUGCCAAAGUUCAGUGGUUCUGGAGAAGUUUCUAAAAAUUCCUGAAGCAGAUAAAGAAGUCAUAACUCAUUCUAAGUCAUGUACAAUUGAAAGCACUCAGAAGCUUCACAAACCUAUGUAAGAUGACUUCUUUGUCUCUUUGAAAUCUUCCACAUGGAGGAUUUAUUAAAUUUUCAGCUAUAAGUAAUAACAGAAUUAGUAUAAAUAAAAAAGAUCUUUGGCAACAGAAGUGUAUUCAGCAGCUGGCUGUGGAAGCUCUGUCUUGUUCUGUGCCUAAUAAUGCUCCAUGCUUGAUCAUGCCUGAGGUUUCACACAUGUGCUGCCGUUUAGUGGGAUGUAAACUAACUUGUUUUUCUUUCAAAUGCUUAGGUGCUUUGUUUACAGAAAUUAUGAAUGGAGUUUAAAAUUUUAUAUCAAUAGUAGGUUAGUAUUGACUACUGAAAUGAGGUUUUGUAAGUUCAAUAGAACUGAUUGCAACACUUCUAGCAAUUUUGAAUGUUUUUAAUAUUAAAUUUGGUUGGGCUAAACACUGUUGAAAGCCUUGCUAGUCAUACUUCAAUAGAAAAAAUCUUACUACCUUUUCAUUGUAUGUUUACUGACAGCAGCCCCCUUCCUUAUGACCCUUAAGUUAUCACCUUAAAAAUGUUAUUAAUAAAUGUUACUUGGAAAAAAUA